AUGCUCUCGCGGCAGAAGAAAAAAGCCGAAGUUAUCAGGUUAAUGGAGGUAUUCUAUAAAUAUUCAAGUGGUUUCAACGUAGGCUUCGUCGUAUACACUGGAGAAGACAUUGAUGAAUACCAGAAGGGGAAUUUUAAAAAACAAGUAGAAUUCGUCAAAGGUGUUACUAAAACCUUGAAAGAUGAUGGAGAUGACACGAAAGUGGGCAUCAUAACAUAUUCUGAUAAACCAUACCUAAAGCACAGAUUCGAUGAUAACACCGCGCAUGCAGUGUUUGGAACUGUCUUGGACAAUCUCAACGUAACUGGUAAAGGAAGAAAUAUCGGAAAAGCGCUUGAACUAGCAAAAACAGAGUUAUUUAACCGCUCAGACGAGCAUGGGAAUAACAAAGGACGAGACAUUCUUGUUGUCCUGACUGACGAUGGAUCAGACGACGAUCUGGCUGUCCCUUCGUUUGCUUUGAAGCGAGACAAUGUCACAAUUUUCAGUGUCGGUGUUGGUCGAUAUUUACGUGGUCAGUUGAAUGAGAUGGCAUCAGAGCCUAACUCGGAGCAUGUGGUGACAACUGAUAGCUACGACGGUCUUGGCCCUACGAUGGCGUCUCUAAAGGACUCGAUCAUCAAAGAGGUUGACCCUUGCUCCAUGACUCCUUGUUCAAGUGGUGGGACAUGUCUUACUCUUCCUGAGGGCAGCUACAUGUGCAUCUGUGCGUCUGGCUGGACAGGAAAACAGUGCGAAGUUUACAUUAACGAGUGUUCAAACGUGGCAUGUGGGGAAAGCCAACUCUGCAUUAACUUCCCAGGGACUUCGUUUUGUAACUGCAGACCGGGAUUCUUUAACAAAGAGAACUUAUGCAGAGGAGAAUAUUCAAGUGGUUUUAACGUUGGCUUCGUCUUAUACACUGGAGAAGACAUUGAUGAAUACCAGAAGGGGAAUUUUAAAAAACAAGUGGAAUUCGUCAAAGGCGUUACAAAAACCUUGAAAGAUGAUGAAGAUGACACGAAAGUGGGCAUCAUAACAUAUUCUGAUAAACCAUACCUAAAGCACAGAUUCGAUGAUAACACCACGCAUGCAGUGUUUGGAACUGUCUUGGACAAUCUCAACGUAACUGGUAAAGGAAGAAAUAUCGGAAAAGCGCUUGAACUAGCAAAAACCGAGUUAUUUAACCGCUCAGACGAGCAUGGAAAUAACAAAGGACGAGACAUUCUUGUUGUUCUGACUGACGAUGGAUCAGACGACGACCUAGCAGUCCCUUCGUUUGCUUUGAAGCGAGGCAAUGUCACAAUUUUCAGUGUCGGUGUUGGUCGAUAUUUACGUGGUCAGUUGAAUGAGAUGGCAUCAGAGCCUAACUCGGAGCAUGUGGUAACAAUUGAUAGUUACGAUGGUCUUGGCCCUACGAUGGCGUCUCUAAAGGAUGCGAUCAUCCAAGGUAAUAAAAUAACGUUAGUGACGUCACUAGUGGUUUAUGUGCACUGUAGAAAACACCUUAGGCCUUAUUCUGUCAGUUUAUUUCAUUUUCGUUUUUAUUUUUGGCAUUUGGCAGCAGAGGUAGAAUUUUAUUGUGUUGUUAUUGUUUGCUUAGUUGGAUCGGCCUGCGUAGUAUCCCCGUCCGCCUGUGGUAACAAUGGUAACUGCACCGUCAAAGACGAUGGGUCGCCUCAGUGUGAGUGUGCUCCUGGAUGGAACGGAACAAACUGUGAACAUGACAUAGAUGAAUGUACACAGAAUCCUUGUGGUAAUGAUGGGAAAUGCACCAACACACCCGGAAGCUAUGAUUGUAAAUGUCCUGUUAUAUUCAUCGGAGAACAUUGCCAGACACGUUGCGAAGGGCAAUAUAUCAACGUUGGUUUCUUGAUCGAUGGUUCUGCAAGCAUGGACCUUUCUGGCAGUGGUCACUUUAACAAAACUCUCGAGUUUGUCAAAGGUUUGAUCGAAUACCUUGACGUCUCCAAGGAACGAGCUCACGUCGGACUGGCAAUCUUUUCCAGCGACGUUUAUCAAGUUUUCAAUUUUGACGAUUACCACAACUCGACAGAAGCAGUUGCCGUUGUGAGCAAUGCGCCUUUUCCAAGUCAAGGAAGACACAUCGGAAAGGCACUGAACUAUGUGCGACAUAAGAUGUUUUCAGGUGCUACACUUCGUAAAGAUGUUUCUAACUACCUAGUUCUUGUCACUACUGGUUCUUCUUACGACUUAGUAAGAACUCCAGCUAAAACCUUGCGUGACAGAAACGUGACAAUAUUUGCGGUCGGUGUCGGAGACGACUACGAUGAAGACGAGCUCAAGGAGAUAAGUGGCAAUGAUGGCGAUCACGUUUACGGAACGUCUUUUGACGGACUGAAGGAUCUGAAGAAGGAGCUGAAAAAACAAAUUUGUUUCUGUAAGUUUUUCUUUCGAUUUUUGCGAAAAAAAAAAAAAGAAGUAAAGGUACCCGGUUCAAGUGAAACAUGUGCAAGAAAUUGCAAUUUAUUAGUUUUAGUUUCAUUUCACCUUGACUGAUUUGA